CCAGAGACGCAAUAGGCAGCAACGAUGGCCAAAGGCGCUUGCACAUUCCAACCACUAUCGACCGCCGAAAUCAUUGCUGCAUUCGAGGAAUGGGGUCUCUCAUUUACACCUGAACAACUUCAUCGACCAACUUCAGACUUUGUUGAAUUUGCAUAUUGUGCUUGUCUCUAUCAAGUAGCUGGCAUCAAACAAGAAGAUCUACGUGGACCUGCGCAGCAGGUGCUCUCUAGCACAUCUCUUGUGGACAAGGAGUUACAUGCUUCAUCCUUCAGUGGACAUCUCUUACUAUACCACCUUGCACGACUUGCCAAGGCUUCCGCGCUCCCUGACUUCAGCUCGAAAGACAUUCAGGCCCCGGAGCGCGAGCGCACCCUGAUGAUUCUUUCCGCUUUCAUCAACUUCAUCCGCUUCACGAGGCAAUUAUGCUUCGACUUUGUGACCUCUUUACGCGAAAAGGCGGACAAAGUUGUCACCGAGCGCGACCAAGUGAAACAGCGUAACGCGAAAGUGAUGGAGCAAAUCAACAUCCUCAAAGCGAAGAUUGCAGAGGACGAACCGAAAUGCGUACAAUUGAGAGAGGAUAACAACGCUUUGCGUUCUCAGAUGAUCGGUAUCAAGGAGUUGCAAAAGUCAAAUGCCAGAGAUGCCGACGAUCUCAAGUCAGAGAAGAUUGCUCUAGUGGCCAGUAAGGAAGUGUUGAAUGGGGAACUAGCGAGCCUCUCUGAAGCCACCUCUCGAACACGAUCCCGUAUCGUGCAAUCGCCAGAACGAAUCAAGCGAACAAUUACUACCAUGUCUCAUAACGCUUCUGAUGACAAACAACGAGUAGCCUUGAACGAGGCCAAAGCGCGUGAACUCCAAGCAAAGAUCAAUGCUCUUUCGAAUAUUGACAAGGAUGUCCGCAGCUGCGUCGAACAGUUGCAGACGGUGGAAAAAGAAGUCCGGCUGCUCCAAGAAUCGCAAAAGGAGUCCCAUGAACUCAAGGAUCUCCUGGAGGACAAGCAGAUUGAGCGAAAGGAACUAAGUUCUCGGCAAGAUAGAGUUCAAAAGCAGAUGUCGAAUGCUCAAGAUAAGUUGGAACGCGCUCAACGACAUGCAGAAGACAGGAAGAUCGCCAGUCAAAAGACCUUAGACCGCUUGCAGCGAGAAUAUGACGAAAUGGCGGUUGAAAGAAGGGACAAUGACAAACAGGUGGAGGAGCUCCGCGUAGAGGGCGAUGCGUUGGAGAGCAAGAUGGCGAGUCACCUCAAAGAGCAGGAGGCCGAGCUGAAUCAGCUGCUGUCGGAAUACUGGAAAUUGAGACAUGACACUGAUCUGUACAUGGAAACACUGGCCAAUAAGCUGAACAUGAGAGUAGACUUUACAUAGAAUUAUCAGCUCAUCGGUUGCGUUUACGGCUCUUCCUCGCCACACAAUCGACGCAGUACCAUUUCUUCCUUCCUUCUGGCGCUGCUGUGAGUCCCGUGCACCCGAGAUGGAACUGGAAGAAAUCAAGUAGGGUACCUGGAAGCAUAAAGCAAGCCACACACCCAUUCGUGCAAACAAUGUGGAUCAUCGCAAGCAAUCAUCUGCAGCCAAUUAGCCGAUCCACUGUGGAUAGGACGGCACUUACUUCGCCGAAAGAGAUCUUGUUGCAGUAACAAUAGAGAGGCUCGUUUGGGUCGACAUCUUCUCCCGCGGGAUCCAGUUCUGUCGCUGAUUCUUUCCUCUUGCUCUUCUUACCUUUCUUGCUGCGAUUCCUUGCAGCAGCAGCAGCUUCGUUCGCCCGGGCUUCCUCUGGCUCUGGACUCAUCGCAAGAAGAGGAGGCUUGGCCCAUUUCGGUACAACGAUUGCAGGUAAGACAAUAGGUGCAAGGUGCCUUCCAGGUCCCAACGCGAUGGCGUGCUCCUGCUCUUGGAUUUCCUGAUCAAUGAGACGGAUACUGCGCUCAACCUGCAACACAGAUUGAAUAUUGGUCCCCCACCGGAAUUCGAGACGGACUGAUUCGAAAGCACUGUGCGUGAGAUUGACCUUUUCCUGCCGGUCACGCAGAGAAGCCUCGGACAGCUGAAAAAUUCUCCUCAGACAGGCUCGACUGUCGGCCGGAGAAUAGUUGGAUUCUUCUGAAUCAUCUGUUGUUGCUACGCUGUUCGCCAUCCUUUCACGACCCCGACGGAUUCGGAAAUAUUCAUUGAUUUGUCCAGCCAGGUCCGCACUGCUCUCUAGAUCCAGAAGGGCGAAUGAGCUUUCCAACGGUUUGCGAAAGACCCCGGCCCACUUUCGUCGAGCUCAUCCCGCUCUUGAACCAAGGUGAAGGUCCGCUUCAGGCUUGAAGAUAGUUCGAACACUAUUGCGAAAGUGCUGUUCGUCAUUCUGUUCACCGUUCAAGACGACUAGCAAAGUACGCGAACCUUCGAAAUGAUCGUCUUUGAACGCGUUCCAAACUGUGUGCUCUUUCUCCCGAGGAUCUUCUGCAAUAUCUCCGUCUGAAUCUGCACCAGAAAGGUUGAUCUGUUCUUGAACUGCAGCGACGCGUUGAGCCCGCCCUCUCUUGCGGGAGGUGCGCGAAGACAUAUGAUGCGUGCGUGACAUUGCUGGUCACAAUACCAUCAUUAAAUCUCUCUUCUGAUACAUGGCCCUGCGGCCGCUCGUUGCGAUAUUUGGCACGACUGGAGUUGGAAAAUCGAAUCUUGCUAUCGAUAUUGCUUUGCAUAUAUCCAACGCGCAGCAGAAGCCGAACAAUCGAUGGAGGGGGGCCAGAAUCAUCAACGCAGACUCGAUGCAAGUCUACGCUGGCCUCGAUGUCCUUACAAACAAGGUCCCGGAGUCUGAACGACGAGGAGUCGAACAUCUUCUCAUGGGCUUUAAACAACCUGCUGAACAAUAUGUGGUCGGGCAGUGGAUCAAAGACGCGACGGCCUUGAUUGAAGAGACUCACGAACGCGGCGAGGUUCCCAUAGUCGUCGGAGGAACCUCGUAUUGGAUGCAACAUUUGAUUUUCCCUGACCGAUUGUCUGGGCCUUCUAUUGAGACCCAGGCAAAUCAAUCUGUCACUGUGGUCGAAGCCAUUGCCUCCCUACCUCCUAACCUCCAGAAUCUGUUCGAAGGUCUCCCGGAUCAACCACCAGACGCUGCAGUAGAUCCCGCUGGUGCGAGUGCUCUUCACACUCUGCUCAGACACCUCGACUAUUCCAUGGCGGAUCGGUGGCAUUGGCGCGAUACCCGCAAAGUUCUCCGAAGCUUACGAAUCGUUCAUGACACUGGCAGAAUACCCAGCGAGAUAGUUAGAGACCAGUCUGAACAAGUCUUGAAGCCGAAAUACGAUACUCUUUGUCUAUGGUUGUAUGCUGAGCCCUCUGUCCUGCACGCUCGCUUAGACGAUCGUGUCGACUUGAUGCUCAAGAACGGUCUCUUGGAUGAAGUUCGAUCAUUGCACGGCGUACCGGAGGCAGAUUUCACUUUGGGUAUAUACCAAUCUAUUGGCUACCGAGAAUUCCACAGCUAUCUUUCCGAACCCGCGUUACCCCAAGAUGCGUUCGAAAAAGCAGUGGAAAGCAUGAAAACUUCAACCAGACAAUAUGCGAAACGUCAGUUAUCGUGGAUGCGCAACAAACUUCUCCCUGCAGUCAACUCAACACAUGUUCCCACAUAUCUAUUGGACGCGACGGAACUUGGCCAGAAGUGGAUUGUCAAUGUGCAGGAUCCCGCUGUAAAAAUCACAAGCGAUUUCCUCAACGAGACGGCCCUCCCAGAUCCAGCAACAUUAUCACCACUGGCCAAGACCUUGCUACAGGGGAACCAGGCCAAGUUCGUUGAUCCAACCUCUGUCCUCAAAGCCCAGCGGAAAAUUGUUUGCGAAAGUUGCACAUCCGAUCCCUCUCAACCGGUCUUAAUAGAUGAGAAUCGCUUUCCUUUGCAUCUACAAGCUCGAUCGCACCGCCGGUUAGCAAAGAAGAAGCGGACACCUGAACAGCAUCGGGCAGCUCAAGCUGCCAAGCGAGCGGAGACUACCGAAAGUAGUACACGCUUAGAGCCAUCCCUCAACUUCGAUAUCGAACCUGUUGAUGUUUGACGGUGUCUAUACCUGAAGUCACUACAUAUGUACUUACUCGAAAGAUACAGUCUGUCAGUCUCAUCUGUCGAACAGUAUUUGAGGCCUGUGACACAUGACAUGUGACAUGUGACAAGCGCCUCGCCAAAUGGCUUUCGUUCACCCUUCGCGAGCUGCUUUGGUGCCUGCUGGUCCUUCAUCUUCAGACCGGCGCCAGCGUAGAUCACCGUCUCCCCGCCGUCGAAGGAGGAGCAUUUCUCCCCCACAUGAACGUCAUGAGAGCCCUGGUCGCGACAGAAUCAAGUCUAGUCGAGGGAGCCCCGAAUACCAAGAUUACAAGCGCCAGCUGGCGCCCCCUCCCUCGCAAGCAUCCUACCCUCAACAGCCUCUAGUGAGUCAUGUGCGAAGCUCUUAUCAGAGCGGAGGUGGAUAUAGUGGAGACAUAAUGGAAAGUCGACGCGCUCAACGCGACGCCAUUACCGUCAACGUGUGGCCUUCAUCACCUAAAGCGCCUGCUCGCGAUUUAUCCCCUUCACGGCAGAAAUCGCGCAAAAAGUCCAAACGCUCUCGUACAUCAUCUAUCGACUCCUCCGAGGAAGAAUAUCGUCGGCGGAAGGAACGCAAAGAAAAGAAACGGGCGCGAAAGGAGAGGGAGCGAGAGAGAGGACACCAGCACAGGACACGCCACGACUCGGACCCUGAUGAUUCUCAUCGUUACCGCAGUCAUUCUCCGCGCCGGACCGCACCAGCGAGUCGAACUGCGAGCCCCCGACCGGCAGAACCGCUCGAGGAUGAGGAUGAAUGGGUAGUGAAGCCUGCUACCACGGCGGUCUCCGCCCCAGCCCCCUUUUCUUCGAACGUGCCUCAAGGCGAUGACGACUCGGACGAAGAUAAUCUUGGACCGCAGCCUUUAAAUAAACCUAUCGCCAGCAAGAAGAUGGACGAGCGUGAUUACGGUGGAUCACUAUUACGAGGAGAGGGCAGUGCAAUGGCGGCCUUCCUGCAGGAUGGAACGGAAUCGCGUAUUCCUCGUCGGGGUGAAAUCGGCCUGACUUCCGAUGAGAUUGCCAAGUACGAAGAUGUGGGUUAUGUUAUGAGUGGCAGCCGGCACCGACGGAUGAAUGCUGUACGGAUGCGCAAGGAGAAUCAGGUCAUCAGUGCUGAGGAGAAGCGGGGCAUUCUCAAACUGCAGAAAGAGGAACGAGAGCGCAGAGAGGCUAUCUUGCGUGAGGAGUUCAGCGAACUCGUCAAAGACAAUCUCAAGGAGCAGAAGGCGCCAAAGCGGAAUGCAGAUGCGUAA